UCAUACCGAGUAUUUGCCGACCCCAGAGUGCUAACAAGGUGCUAUCUCUGUACCUAUUUCACUGACUUAGACGUGGACCAGCUCUAGCGGACGUGCCUAGUCUGUUGUCAUUUUGGUUAGUAGUUUAAUUCGAAUCAAAUCUUCAAGAUGGAAGCUAUUCCCAUUGGUCAUUGUGAGGAGAAGAGUGGCAAGUCGUAUGAUGGGACCAUAGAGCAAGGAAUUGAAGGUACACACGAGCCAGACAUGGAGACGGACAAAGGGAUUAAGGGAGACAUGGAUGCCACUGGCAGUGACUCGGCAAGUCGUGGUAAAUGGACAGGCAAACUGGACUUCAUAUUGUCCAGUAUGGGAUACGCCAUUGGGUUAGGCAAUGUCUGGAGAUUUCCCUAUCUCUGCUACAGCAACGGAGGAGGGGCUUUUCUCUUCCCGUAUCUAAUCAUGCUGCUCUUGAUUGGUUUCCCGAUGUUGUUCCUGGAGAUAUCAUUCGGUCAGUUCGGUAGUCUUGGCUGCAUCUCAGUGUGGCGGAUCAGCCCGCUCUUCAAAGGUAUCGGUUUCGGCAUGGUUCUGAUGUCCGCUUACUUCUGUCUAUACUACAAUAUCAUCAUAGCCUACUCCACUUACUACAUGUUCGCCUCUGUCUUGAACCCGUUACCAUGGGUAGGGUGCAACCACACAGACUUCAAUACGGAGGCAUGUUUUGCUGCAUCUCAGGGAGACGAUUUGAAGGAAUGUCCUUUCGAACUUGUCAACUACACGGCCAACAACACGAGGCCUAUCUUUGCCAGCGAGGAGUAUUUCAAGCAUCGCGUCUUGAAGAUGACUGACUCUUUAGGUGACAUGGGAACCAUUCAAUGGGAAAUUCUCCUCUGCUUCAUCUUCGCCUGGCUACUUACCUUUAUCUGUAUUAGUAGAGGUAUCAAGACGUCAGGGAAGGUUGUGUACUUCACUGCAACUUUCCCGUAUGUGGCUUUGAUAGCCCUACUCAUCAUUGGCGCUCUUCAGCCCGGUGCAAUCAAUGGGAUACUGUACUUCAUCACUCCACAGUUUGAUAAACUCAAAGAUGUACAGGUUUGGAAGGCGGCAGCCAAUCAGGUUGUGUUUUCGUUUGGCGCGGGAUGGGGAGGUUUACAGACGUUGGCAAGCUACAACAAGUUCCACAACAAUACGCUCAGAGAUGUCAUUGCCAUUGUACUGGGAGGUGCCUUGACCAGCAUCUUAGCUGGAUUUGUUGUGUUCUCCAUCAUUGGCUUCAUGGCAUGUGAUGCAAAAGUGCCUAUUGAAAACGCUAUUGAUGCAGGACCUGGAUUAGCAUUCGUGGCUUACCCUGAGGCUGUCUCACGGAUACCUGUAGUACCUCAGCUCUGGUCCUUCAUAUUCUUCUUCAUGCUUAUCACACUUGGAUUGGACAGUCAGUUUGUUACCGUGGAAACCAUCAUCACUGCCGUCAUGGAUGAAGCAUCCGACUUCCUCCCCAACAUCCGCAAGAAGAAGACAUGGAUCAUAUUCACUGUGUGUUUCCUCAUGUUUCUCAUCGGAUUGCCUUUCACAAUGAAUGGAGGUAUCUACCUGAUGACGCUGUUUGACUGGUACUCUGCCGGCUACAGCCCAAUGCUCCUAGCACUGACAGAACUGUGUGUCUUUAACUUCAUUUACGGACAAGAGAGGUUUCUUCGGGAGAUUGGUUUUAUGAUUGGCAUCAAUAAUGAGAUCUGGAAAGUCUUCUGGAAGAUCAUGUGGUAUUUAAUCACUCCAGUCUUGAUAAUUUUCCCCACAGUGUAUGGCUUUGUGGAGUACACCCCUGCAUCCUAUGCUGGUUACAUCUUCCCAGGCUGGGCAGAGGCAAUCGGCUGGACUAUGACCUGCUCAUCACUGAUGUGCAUUAUCAUCUAUGCUAUAUACUACCUCAUCUUCAAGGUUGAAGGCACAUUACUGGAGAGAGUAAAGCUCGCCAUCAGGUCAAGCCCUGAGUGGGGCCCAGCCCAAGAUAAGGACCGAGCGGAGGUGGGAUAUCCACCCAUGCCCAAGCGCUCAAGACCUGGGGAGGGGGACAUCAUGGGCCUGGAUGUGGGCCAUACCAACAGCGUGUUUGUUGGGGAUCAAGACGUGAAGCCACCGUCUUACACAGAGGUGACCGGUCCUGAGACUGUACACGUGGAAACGCAAACUUAGACUAACAAAAAAGAUUCUGAGGAAAUGACGAUAAUUGCUUUUUUGGCGAUGGCAAAGUUAUGUUUGCUAUCUUAGAGCAAGUUAUCAAACAUUAUUUAGACCUCCUGUGGUUGGUUGAACUUGCUGUAAAUACAUGUAGCAUUAUAAUUAGUAUUUUGAGAUUUUUACAUUUUUGUGCUUUUUACCCCCAUUUUUCUGUGGGUAUUUUUUGUAUCCUUUUAUUUUCCUAUAAUUUCUAGUUAUUUGCUUUUGAAUAGAAUGAAAAAAAUAUCUGUCCAUAUUUAGAAUUUGAAUAUCAGUAAUACUUUACAAGUCUACAUUUAUUUGUGGCCCGCGAAUAAUUGAGUUCUGAGUGUGGUACAUAUGCACAUAAUUUAAUGAUGUGAGCCUCUUUUGGGUUGCAGUUGCCAAAUAGAACAAGGCAGUUUAACAAAAUUUAAAAGAACAAAACACAGAGCUGAAGAGCACAGACAGUAUUAUGUUUCUUUAGAAGAUGGAUCAUGUUAUGAAAUAAAAUAGAGGAAUUUUGUUGGAACUAUACACUGUAAAUACACUAGUUAGAUUUGACUAUAGAAAACAGUCCCACUUGCAGCCAGCAUGCAACGAUGACUGUUUUCUAUUAACAUUUUUUUUCUAUAGAUUGUAGCUGUGUUAAUGAUUGAGGGUUCUAUUAUCUUCACUUUUCUGUCAUUUAAAAUAAUGACCAAAAACAGCGCUUUAGUUAUCACACAAAAACUUACGAUACCACGAAGUGCAUGUUUCCAGAGUUAUACAAUGCAUUAGAAGAAUACUUUAAUUACGAAAACAAAAACACAGUGUGCAAAAAGGCACCGGAGCUAACACGCCACUUCCGUCAGCUCGUAUAGCCAGAGGGGGUGGGGUGGGAACGGGGGGGGGAGGUUGAUGAACCAAUCCCAAAUUCGACAUCCGUUAAAGUUUUUAGCUACCCAUUUUUUGUAAAGGAAUAAAGUAUUCCAUAAGUCCAGCGCGAAAAGGGGUCAUAUAUAUAUAUAUAUAUACAUGUAUGAUUGUUGAUUAUAUUAACAACGACAAUGGAGGAGGUGGUCUCGCUUAUGAGACUUUUAUAUAUAAUUUUCAUUACUUUGUAUCAAUGGGCAUUUUUACAACUACUGAAAACUGUUGGACGGGGGCUAUACGAAUUCAAGUUCUUAUGUAUCCUAUUUUUUAUAUUAAAAUUUGAACUCCAUUUUUGGAUAUGAUUUUAAUCAUUUAUCGUCUUGAUUGAAUGCAAUGUGGAACAGGAGUUUUGAACAUUUAAGUGAAGGGUAGGCCUAGGUCUAAAGAUGAUGCUCAAAUCAACAGAAUCUGAUAGGCAUUCUGAAUAAAAUUGGAAUCAUUC